UUAGAUGUGAUUAUUUGCCGAUGCUGAUAUCGGUCCGACGACGUUACGCGUAGAGCAAUAAUUCAGCAGCUUCGUUUACACAAUUUUUUUGUUUCGGUUCUGAAUCGAUUUCGUACGCGAUGACCACGAAAAGUUACAUAUUAGACAAUGGGGCAUACACGGCCAAAGUCGGACACACGGACGAUGAGGCUCCCAAGAUUAUACCCAAUUAUAUUAUGAAGGCCAAGAGCGAACGGAGGAGGACAUUAAUCGGUGAUCAGCUUUCAGAGUGUCGAGACAAAUCGGGACUGUACUUCAUGUUGGGCUUUCAAAAGGGUUACUUGUUGAACUGGGAUAUUCAGAAAACAGUAUGGGAUUAUAUAUUUAGUAAAGAUUGUUGCAAAGCCAACUUUCUUGAAAUGCCACUAAUUGUGACUGAACCAUACUUCAAUUUUAGUUCUAUUCAGGAAGGAAUGACAGAAAUGUUUUUUGAAGAAUAUGAGUUCCAAGCCUUAUUGAGAACUAAUGCUGGAAAUCUGUCUUGUUACCAUUAUCACUAUGAUAAACCAUCCACCAAAUGUUGCUUGGUUGUUGAAACGGGUUACAGUUUUACCCAUAUUGUUCCUUACAUUUUACAAAAAAAAUUCAAGCCUGGAAUAUUACGUGUCAAUGUUGGUGGCAAAAUUCUUACUAAUCAUUUGAAAGAAGUGAUAUCAUACCGACAGUUACAUGUUAUGGAAGAAACAUACGUUAUGAAUCAAUGCAAAGAAGACUUGUGUUUUAUGUCUACAGAUUUUAAUAGAGAUCAUAAAAUUGCAAAAAUGAAAUGGCCUAAAAAUACUAUUGUCAGAGACUAUGUUUUACCUGAUUAUACGACUGUGAAUAGGGGAAUUAUACGAACAUUAGACGAGACUUCUGUGAGCAGAACUAUUGAUAAAGAUCAGCAAGUUUUACGCAUGAACAAUGAACGUUUUACAAUACCAGAAAUCUUAUUCUAUCCAAAUGAUAUUGGUAUACCACAAAUGGGUAUAUCAGAAGCGAUUGUUCUCAGUAUAAAUUUGUGCCCAGAAGAGACUAGGUCUCAUCUAUACAACAACAUCAUUGUAACUGGUGGUAACGGUUGUUUUCCUGGUUUUCAAGAGCGCCUUACUAAAGAAGUGCGGGCUCUUGCUCCUGAUGAAUUUGAUGUUUCAGUAACUGUACCUGAAAAUCCAAUUACAUAUGCGUGGCAUGGAGGAAAUUUACUAAGUAAAGAUCCAGAUUUUUUUUCACUUGUGGUGACUAAAGAAGAAUAUGAUGAAGAAGGAUUUUCUGCGUGCCAUCGAUUUGAUGUUUAGAUACAAUAAGACUGAAAAUAGAAAACAUUAAUUAUUAUUUAUUGCAUACAAAUAUUAUAGACAUUUAGUUUAACUUUCUAUGAAACAAUAUGUGUGAAAAUACCAAUGAAAUUAAAAUAUUUUUAAUAUUUAAAAAUAAAACCUCUCAGACAGUUAAACAUUUUGACUAUAUUUUCAUAGUGAAAACGUAUUAUGUCUGUUAUCUAUUUCUCAACAUAUUUUUAUAAUUUUUUAUUUUUCUUCUAAUUUUCUUUAUAAACGUAUCUAUGAUAGAAAAAACUGUGAUAGUUUUAUCAUUAUCCUAUAUUUUU